AUGAGAGGAAAUUUUAUAAAUAUAAAAAUGUUUGAAAAAUUAUUAAACGUUGGAAAAUGUUUAUCGGAAUUAUUAAAUCAACCGCAAAUAAGCGCCGCUUGUAUUCUAUUACAAUUCCUACAAAUAUUAAUACAGGUUUUAUUAUUCAUCCUCUCGGCACUCAACGAAGUGCUGAAAGAGAGACGCACUUUGGAACAUAAAAGGAAUUCAUUGCUUCAAUCUGCUGUUCUUCGUCAACACCAGUGCGAGGCAGGAUGGCAGGAAAAGAUAAACGAUGCAAAAGAAAUAUCCGAUAAAUAUGAAAAACAAUGCAACGAUUUAAGAGAGAAAAGAGAUCAAUUACAUAAAGAAUUGAUAAUAACGAUCGAUCGUACGACUUCUCAUAAAUUAUUACAUAACAUUCCAUCAAUAAGAGCAAAUUAUAAAAUACAAGCUUGUCAAUUACAAAGAUACAUAGCCGAUUUAAAAAGAAGAGUAAACAAUGCGAAAUACAGAUUAGACACGGAGAAAAAGAUUGCAAAUUCGUUAAACGAUACCGUAAAAGGACUUAGAAUCGAAGCCGGAAAUAAAAAAUUUACAACCAUGUCUAUAAGACCGCAAACAUUAGCAAUACUUUCACAUCCGGCUCAAUGUAAAUCAACUAGAGAGAAUUUCCGGUUGAAAAAUACAUCGAAAUUUAUAUCGGGAGUUAAAUCUUCGUGGAGUAAAGCUAUUUAA